CAGACUGGUCCCAGAGCAGCAUUACUGAUCCUUCUCUCUCCUCUGUCAUCUUAUUCUACUGUAAAAAUGAGAUCAAUAGCCAUGUCUUCCAGCUCAGCGAUGGUGCGGAUCCUGAUAAAGGGUGGCAAAGUGGUGAAUGAUGACUGUACCCAGGAGGCUGACGUUUACAUCGAGAACGGCAUCAUCCAGCAGGUGGGGAAGGAGCUGAUGAUCCCAGGUGGGGCUAAAGUGAUUGACGCCUCAGGGAAACUGGUGCUUCCUGGGGGCAUCGACACUAGUGUCCACCUGGAGGAGAGCUUCAUGAAUGCCACCACAGUAGAUGACUUCUACAGCGGUACCAAGGCUGCUUUGGCUGGUGGCACCACCAUGGUGAUCGGACAUGUUCUCCCUGAGAGGAACGAAUCUUUGCUGGAAGCCUACGAGACGUGCCGCAACUCAGCCGACUCCAAGGCCUGCUGUGAUUACGCUCUGCACAUUGGAGUUACUUGGUGGGGACCCAAGGUUCGAGCUGAGAUGGAGAAGCUGGUAAGAGACAAAGGAGUGAACUCCUUUCAGAUGUUCAUGGCUUAUAAGGACAUGUUCAUGCUGCGGGACAGUGAACUCUUCCAGGUCCUGCAGCACUGUAAGGACAUUGGAGCCAUAGCGAGGGUCCACGCUGAGAAUGGGGAACUUGUGUCAGAGGGUGCCAAGGAGGCAUUGGAUCUUGGCAUUAGUGGCCCAGAAGGGAUUGAAAUCAGCAGGCCUGAAGAGUUGGAAGCAGAGGCAACCCACAGAGCGAUUACCAUCGCCAACAGGGCCCACUGCCCAAUUUAUCUUGUGAAUGUCUCCAGUAUGUCUGCUGGAGAUGUAGUGGCUACAGCCAAGAUGCAAGGUAAGUGCCAGGCGUUGAAAGCUGUGGAGCGGGAACCCUACACAGGUGAAGUUGUUGCCGUGGCAAAUUCUGGAAAAAGAGACACCGGCUCUUCAGAUCUGGACACUCCAACACGCCCCUGCACCCGGCAUGGGGGCGUAAGGGACCUCCAUGAGUCCAGCUUCAGCCUGUCUGGUGCUCAAAUCGAUGACAACAUUCCAAAGAGAUCCUCAGCGAGGAUCCUUGCUCCUCCUGGUGGAAGAUCCAGCGGGAUCUGGUAACCAGUCAGAAUGCCGCUACAUAAAGCAGAAGAAUGAUAUUCGAGGAAAAUGUAUGGCCAAGCAAGAAGACUUGUUUUACUUUAGAACAUGUAUGGAGUAACGGAGUCAUGUUUUCAUUUUGAACUCAGUGCUGUUAUUUAGAAUUGUAAAAUUGUAUGACGUGGCUGUAAUUAUACUGCAAUAUGGCCAGGGAAAAAUGUUUGCUAAGUGGUUAUUGCUACCAAAUUCCAGUGAAAUGUUAACCAAAUAUAAGCAGCAGAUAUAAAUUGAGUUGCAGUUGAGUUACUUUGGUUAUUGGAUUCUGGUAGGGGAAAAUGUUGAGUCUUAUUAACAGUUUUAGAAAUAUGAAGGUGAGUCAAGGUUUUUAUGAUGCGAUUGUGUUACCUCACUGUAAAAUACGAUUUUGCACUUGUAUCAUGUACUAUUUAGAUGCCUUUUUACAUGAUUUCAUGUCACAAGUGUCACAAAAUGUCUUUUUACUCAGAGCCACGAUGAAUGAAAUGUGACAAAUUCCUACGAGGAUGUCGACGUGACAUUAAAAAAAUGUCAGUUGUGAAAGGAAGAGUUGCUACUGAUCAAAUGAUGAGGAAUAUCAUAAUUCAAGCUUACUCGUUUUUUGUUAUAAUGUUUUUUAUAUUGCAUUAUUUGUUAUGUUCUUUUGAUGCUACUAUGUUGGAAUGAUUACACAAAUAAGAACAUGAAGUCUUUGCUCACUGGUUCAUCAGGUUCAACAGCCUUAUAGCAGAAUAGACUUCUGUUCCACCUCCACCAAAUGUGAAUGAAGCUAUGCUGUAAGUACUGUGCAUGUUAGCAUAGUUAGAAGAACUUUAACAAGCACUGAUACGAAACAUGUUAGCAUCAUUUCUGAUCAUAUUUAUUUCCACAGAGAGCAAACAGUCUCACCCAAAUGGCCUUUUUCUCACCUGAGAACACAUCAUCCCGUACCACUGGUGCACUUUUAACAACUUAACAACUUUGGUUCACUGUGGUCAGGGUGUUAUCGGUCAUCUGACUGACACGUCUAAUGUAGCACACCACUGUGAAGCACAUACAGUGCUCAACAAACCUAUUAGACCACCACACAGUGUGAGUUACCACCGCUGCCCCAAAUUAACUCCUGAACUUUCAAAUGUACUUUUACAAAAAAAAGAGACGAAAUAGUUAAACACAUGAUCAUUUUUUGAUUCAGAUGCCAAAUUACAGCUAUUUACUUACAUUCCUCAGUAGAAACAUUUAUUUUAGUGGUUGAAUGUUGUGCUUGAAUAAUUUCUGACCCAAAUUUGUGCCUGCUCAAAAUUUGGGUAUAAAAAAGUAUAUUUUACUUGCCUAACAAACAAUCUAAUUUUGGUUUUAAGUAAGUUUUUGACAGAUUUAUAAAAUAUUUGUGUUUUCUUGUUUUUUUAUGACAGGUGGUCUGAUAAAAUUUGUUAAGCUCUGUAUAGAAGCGGUGAAGGGAUCCACUUUAGUGUUCAUAAAGUUGAAAUCUUCAGAGGAUCAAAUGCCUUCUUAUGACACUGAAAGUUUGUAUGUUUGUUUAGCAACUACAGAAAAGCACUGAUACUUUUUCAAGUUCUCUAAUACUGUAUUUUUACUGUUCAUUUUGUAGUUACUACUUGUGAAUAUUUGUCUCGGUAACCGAUUCUCUCUCUUUUUUUGUAUUUUGAUCAUGCAUUCAGGAUUUAGCUCAUUUUAGAAUCAGUUAUGUUCACAAGAUCUUCAUGCAUGUUCUAGUAAAACUCCUCCAUCACUGUUUCUUUUUGGACAGAGUUCACAUUUUGCUCCAGUGCAUUAUGCUGUGUCUUUCCCCCACCUAACGUACACUGGUGCUGAACAAUGUGUCGUCACAUUGAAUCCUUUUAUCUCCUUUUUUCGCCCCUUGCAGCUCUCUAUCACAUGAUGUGAGUGCAAAUAAACAACAAUGAAAUCAAA